GAAGCGUGUUUGCUUGGCCGUCUUUUUUCCCCACUGCCUCGGAAAAAUUUUUAGCCGCCAAUGACUAAAUUUUUUAGCCACCAUACGAGUACGUCGCGGAAAGGCUAGUGUGCAUUGUUAAUCAGAAUUCAAGUACACUGGCGGUAUUGCUUGGCAGUUCUUGAAUUGGCACUUCCCCUCCGGCCUCCACUCCACGGGGAUCUAAAUUCCCUGAGAUGGCGAGCUGCCAUCUGCUACGACUCUCGGUUGUCUCUACUUCCACAAGACCUUCAAAACUCAAGCACGAAAUCUUCAACAGCAGAAGAAUCAACCCAGCUGCGAGAUACCACUGCCACUCCUCUCUGUCUCUGAAUCUAAAAUCAACAUCUUUCCACUGCGACCGCAAACUCCAGAAGAGGACUACUUUCCUACUGAACUCUGCUUUAGGAUUAGGCGGCUCCAAUACAAGAACCCAUUUCUCAUUUUCUGCAGCAAAUAAAACCUCGUGCCAUGUCAAGCUCAGAGCCACAGCAGUUCCUGAUAAUAAUGCGGGCGAGUCCGCCAAGCCGAAUGAGCUGCUGAAGACUUUGCAGCUCGGGGUGAUGUUCGUAGUCUGGUACUCGUUGAAUAUAUACUUCAACAUUUUCAACAAGCAGGUUUUGAAGGUAUUUCCACACCCAACAACAGUUUCAGCAUUCCAAUUUGGUUGCGGAACCAUGCUUGUACUCUUUAUGUGGGCACUGAAUCUCCAUAAAAGGCCGACGAUCAACAGAUCUCAGUUUGAAGCAAUAUUCUUGCUGGCUGCGGGGCACACUGUGGGGAACCUCCUAACCAACAUCAGUCUUGGAAAAGUAGCGGUUUCUUUCACUCAUACCAUCAAAGCCAUGGAGCCUUUCUUCACUGUACUUCUUUCUGUCCUCUUUCUUGGCGAGCGGCCAUCUGUCUGGGUAGUUGCUUCCCUGGUGCCUAUAGUUGGAGGAGUGGCAUUGGCAUCAUUCACGGAGACAUCUUUUAAUUGGAUAGGCUUUGGGAGCGCAAUGGCCUCCAAUCUGACCAAUCAAUCACGUAAUGUCUACAGCAAAAAGGUCAUGGUAAAGGAGGACGCUUUGGACAAUAUCAAUCUCUUCUCUGUCAUGACUAUCACUUCAUUUAUCCUUCUGGUACCCAUUACUGUUUUGAUUGACGGGAUCAAGCUUAGUCCAUCGUACCUUCAAUAUGCUGCGAGUCAGGGCUUGAAUGUUAGAGAAUUUCUGGUGAGAUCUCUGUUAGCUGGUUUCUGCUUCCACAGUUACCAACAGAUUUCUUACAUGAUACUUCAAAUGGUGUCACCAGUGACUCAUUCAGUAGGCAACUGUGUGAAGCGGGUUGUGGUCAUUGUGUCCUCAAUGAUCUUCUUCCAGACAUCUGUCUCAACAAUAAACGCCCUUGGAACUGGUAUUGCUCUUGCUGGAGUCUUUCUAUAUUCAAGGGCAAAGCGAAUAAAACCAACGCCUAAGGUCGCAUGAAGUAUU